AAAGUCUAAAAUACGAUGCUGGUGCUGGCAGUAUUUAAAGCAGCGGCAGCCCCAUUACAAUCAUUUUCUCCAUCGCCUUUUCUCUCUUCUCCUUCUCUUAUAAGGAGACGAAGCAGGAGGAGGAGAGGAACCAGGGCAAUGCCUUUUUCUUCUUCUGCUGUCUUUCAAUCUCCACCUUCCGUUUCUGCUACUAGUGGUGAGGAAUUGAAUGGAUCUGCGUCUGCGCUGCAAUCUUUCCGACUGAACGAAUCGACGUUUCUGGCUUCUCUGAUGCCGAAGAAGGAGAUUGGAGCAGAUAGGUUCCUGGAAUCGCAUCCCCACUAUGACGGGCGAGGCGCUCUGAUAGCAAUCUUCGAUUCUGGAGUAGAUCCAGCCGCAGCUGGUUUACAAGUGACCUCAGAUGGGAAACCCAAAAUCGUAGACAUCCUUGAUUGCACGGGGAGUGGUGAUAUCGACACUACAAAAGUGGUGAAGGCUAAUGAAGAUGGUUAUAUCACAGGAGGAUCAGGGGCACCAUUGGUUAUAAAUCCAUCAUGGAAGAACCCUUCUGGGGAGUGGCACAUUGGUUAUAAAUUAAUUUAUGAACUCUUUACCGACACUCUGACAUCACGCUUGAAGAAAGAAAGGAAGAAGAAGUGGGAUGAGAGAAAUCAGGAAGCAAUUUCGGAGGCUUUAAAGCAGCUCAAUGAAUUUGACCAGAAACACGCUAAAGUAGAGGAGAUCAGCUUAAAAAGGGUUCGCGAAGACCUUCAAAUUAAAGUCGAUUUUCUUCGAAAACAAGCUGAUAGUUAUGAUGACAGGGGACCUGUUAUAGAUGCUGUUGUGUGGAACGAUGGUGAUGUAUGGAGGGUAGCUCUUGACACACAGAGUCUUGAGGAUGAUGAUUCAGAACUUGGGAAAUUGGCUGAUUUUAUUCCUCUGACAAACUAUAGGAUUGAACGGAAGUAUGGCAUAUUUAGCAAAUUGGAUGCAUGCUCCUUUGUCACAAAUGUAUAUGAUGAAGGAAACAUCUUAAGCAUUGUAACAGAUUGCUCGCCACAUGGGACUCAUGUUGCUGGUAUAGCUACAGCUUUCCAUCCCCAGGAACCUUUACUAAAUGGAGUUGCACCUGGAGCCCAACUCAUUUCUUGUAAAAUUGGAGACACACGCUUGGGUUCAAUGGAAACUGGAACUGGCUUGACGCGAGCAUUGAUAGCAGCAGUGGAGCACAAAUGUGACCUCAUCAACAUGAGCUAUGGAGAACCUACGCUGCUGCCGGACUAUGGACGUUUUAUUGACCUUGUUAAUGAGGUUGUUGAUAAACACCAUCUCAUAUUCAUCAGUAGUGCUGGCAACAGUGGACCUGCAUUAAGCACUGUUGGUGCACCCGGUGGCACAAGUUCAAGCAUAAUAGGAAUUGGUGCCUACGUGUCCCCUGCCAUGGCUGCUGGAGCUCAUUGUGUUGUUGAGCCCCCCUCAGAAGGGUUGGAGUACACUUGGUCCAGUCGAGGCCCAACAAUUGAUGGAGAUCUUGGUGUUUGCCUAAGUGCUCCUGGUGGGGCUGUGGCUCCUGUACCUACAUGGACAUUGCAGCGCCGCAUGCUUAUGAAUGGAACUUCAAUGGCAUCUCCAUCUGCUUGUGGGGGAGUUGCUCUAUUGAUUAGUGCAAUGAAGGCUGAAGGUAUUCCUGUGAGUCCAUACAGCGUACGCAAAGCACUUGAAAACACAACCGUUCCUGUAGGUGAUCUUCCUGAAGAUACAUUAUCUACUGGACGAGGGCUUAUGCAAGUUGAUAGUGCACAUGAAUAUAUUCAGCGAUCAAAGAAUCUUCCAUGCGUUUGGUACCGAGUAAAGAUCAAUCAAUCUGGGAAAACUACCCCCACAUUCCGAGGCAUCUACCUAAGGGAGUCUAGUGAAUGUCGGCAAACUACUGAGUGGACCGUGCAAGUUGAGCCAAGGUUUCAUGAAGAAGCAAGUAAGUUGGAAGAAUUGGUUCCCUUUGAGGAGUGCAUACAAUUGUAUACUAGUAAUAAUUUGGUUGCCCGGGCUCCUGAGUAUCUUCUUCUCACGCAUAAUGGGCGUACCUUCAACAUAGUUGUGGAUCCUACCAAUCUUAAUGAGGGGAUGCACUAUCAUGAAGUAUAUGGAAUGGAUUGCAAAGCCCCAUGGCGGGGUCCUCUUUUCAGGGUGCCUAUUACUAUAACAAAGCCAACUGUUUUAAAAGAUCGGAAUCCAGUAGUUGCCGUAACUGGGAUACCCUUUUCACCGGGUCUCAUUGAGAGGAGAUUUAUUGAAGUGCCUUGCGCUGCUUCUUGGGCUGAGGCAACCAUGCGAACGUCAGGGUUUGACACCCCAAGAAGAUUUUUUGUUGACACCGUUCAGUUAUGUCCUUUGAAGAGGCCCAUCAAAUGGGAGAGUGUCGUGACAUUUUCAUGUCCUUCGCUUAAAAGUUUCACCUUUCCUGUGAAGGGUGGUCAGACAUUGGAAUUAGCUAUAGCUCAGUUCUGGUCAAGUGGCAUUGGAAGUCAUGAAGCUACUAUUGUUGAUUUUGAGAUUCGAUUUCACGGGAUUAACACCAAUAAAGAGGAAGUGGUACUAGAUGGAAGUGAAGCACCCAUAAGAAUUGAUGCUAAAGCUCUUUUGUCGUCCGAGAAACUUGUGCCUGUUGCUAAUUUAAACAAGAUAAGGAUCCCCUAUCGGCCUGUUGAUUCUAACCUUAGACCUCUUCCUACAAACCGUGACAAGUUACCCUCUGGCAAACAGAUUCUUGCACUAACACUAACUUACAAGUUCAAAUUGGAAGAUGGAGCUGAAGUAAAGCCCCAUGUGCCACUACUUAACAAUCGCAUAUAUGAUAAUAAAUUUGAGUCCCAAUUUUAUGUAAUUUCAGAUUCAAACAAGCAAGUUUAUGAAAUGGGAGAUGUCUAUCCAAAUUCAGUGAAACUUCCUAAAGGUGAUUACACUCUCCAACUAUAUAUAAGGCAUGAAAAUGUACAGUACUUGGAGAAAAUGAAGCAGUUAGUUUUGUUCAUUGAAAGAAAAUUGGAGGAAAAGGAGUUCAUCCGAUUGAACUUUUUUUCUCAACCAGAUGGUCCCAUAAUGGGAAAUGGUGGCUUUAAAUCCUCUACUUUAGUUCCUGGAGAAAUGGAAGCAUUCUAUGUGGGUCCACCAACCAAAGACAAGCUCCCAAAGAAUUGUCCUGCUGGAUCCGUGCUGCUUGGAGCAAUUUCCUAUGGAAAAUUCUCUCUUGGAGUAAAGAAAAAGAGCCAAAAUCCACAAGAACGUCCUGUAUCUUAUCAAAUUUCUUAUGUGAUGCCACCAAAUAAGUUUGAUGAGGACAAAGGAAAAGAUAGUUCUACUUGCUCUAAAAGUGUCUCCGAGCGUUUGGAAGAAGAGGUACGGGAUGCCAAGAUAAGGCUUCUUUCAAGCCUGAAACAAAGCACUGAAGAGGAACGAUCAGCAUGGAAGGAGUUAGCCACUUCUUUAAAGUCAGAGUACCCGAAGUACACGCCGUUGCUUGCUAAGAUCUUGGAGGGAUUGCUUUCCAGAAGUCCUAGUGAAGACAAGAUUAGCUAUAACGAGGAGGUCAUAAAUGCAGCUGAUGAGGUGAUCGAGAGUAUUGACAAGGAUGAGUUGGCAAAAUAUUUUUCAGUAAAGGCUGAUCCUGAAGAUGAUGACGCAGAGAAAAUAAAAAAGAAGAUGGAGUUAACGCGUGACCAGUUGGCAGAGGCAUUGUACCAAAAGGGACUGGCCCUUGCUGAAAUUGCGUCUUUGAAGGUUGAGAAGGCACCAGUCGAUUCUGAGGCUGGAAGCACCAAAGAUUCUGAGAGAACAACGGAGAAAUCUGUGCCUGAGAGCCAUGACGCAUCAGACACAUUCGAACAGAACUUCAAAGAACUAAAGAAAUGGGUUGAUGUGAAAUCCUCCAAGUAUGCCAUGCUCUUGAUGUUACAUGAGAAACGUUGCGGAAGGCUUGGAACAGCAUUGGAGGUGUUGAAUAAUAUGAUUCAAGAUGAUUCUGAUCCCCCAAAGAAGAAGCUGUAUGAUCUAAAGAUCUCUCUGCUUGAUGAGAUUGGGUGGACCCACGUGACCUCUUACGAGAGACGUUGGAUGUACGUCCGCUUCCCUGCAAGCCUGCCUCUUUUUUGAAGCUCGUGUUCAUUUUCAGGUCUCAUUUUGGUUAAUACGAUGAAAAUGAUGCGAAAUGAUUAAUAUCAAUUAGGAGUUUAAUGCCAUGAUUUUCUCGUCUCAAACAGUAGUGAAUUUGUUAUUUAUUUAGAAAUAUAAGAUGCUUUCCCAUUCUAACAUUUUGUUAGCUUUGAGCCAUUUAAGAUUGUUUAAUCUUGAUUCUUCUCGUC